UUUUCAUGCAGUAAAGGAUCUGAGUACUUCAUCCAUCACUGCUGUCACAUGAUGUUACUGUUUAUUGAGCAUUUUGUGACAACCUGGAUUUCACAGACUGUACGGUAUGUAUGUCGCAAUAACUGGUGAUGUUGCCACGGUAACAGCAUUAUAAUCUCAGCUGCUCAUCAGUGAGUUUGUCCUCAGACUCUUUCCUGUCACUUCAUUAGAUUCACAUUAACCCUUUCACUGCCAGCUGUUCACAUGAGGCUGAUACACCCAGCGAUUGGUCCAUCUCACUGUCAAUCAACAUAUCAAUAGCUCUGAUCCUUACAAACCAAAUGAGCUGUCAUGAUUGGUUGCGUGUUGUCAUGGCGAUCCAAACCACAUGUGAGCAUCAGGUUUUAGUUGGUUGGUCCAACCUUUCUAAAUGGAAGCCCCCCCAUCCCCAGUGCAAAUAACAGGCUGGAGUGUGUAUGAAUGAGAGGUGCGUUGGAUAAACGCCCUUCAUUUACUUUAGCUGUCAGUCACAUGAUGAAGCCGCUCAGAGUGGUUUCAGCUAGCAGCUUCCUGUCAGAAACCACAUGUAGCUGAUGAGGAGAUAAAGGAUUCAGAGGAAACACCACAUCUGAUUAACAUAAAAAGACACGAUGAGUCCAACAGAUGAGCAGAGAGAGACGACACAGAGACGGAGACGGACGUCUACCUGGACAUGGAUCACCUGCUGAUGCUGUUGAUGCUGCUGUGGAGCUCAGGACUCCAGGCUGAAGAUAAACACCAACCAACAGGUUCUCAGUGUGAAAGCACAGCCAAGGCCAACAUCGUGCUGUUGGUCUGUGAAUCCAAGAACACCACCUCUGAAGACCAUGAAAACAUUAAGUCCUUUCUAACUCAAGUAGUCAGCAACUUCAACAUCGGCCCUGACAAAGUCCAGAUCGGUCUGCUUCAGUGCAAUGACAGAUCACAGACCCAGUGGGACCUGAACGCCCACCAGACCAAACAAUCCCUGCUGGAGGCCGUAGCCAACCUGCCACAGGAAGGAGGAGACUACUACAUCAUAGGAAAAGAUCUGAAGAUCAUCCGAUAUGAGUUCUUUCAACCCAAUGCGGGAGCGCGUUCAGACUCCCAAAAUAUUCUCAUCCUGAUUACUGAUGAAGAGUUCCGGUACGACGUAUUCUUCUCCUCACAGGACCUGAGAGACGACGGCAUUGAGAUCUACACUAUUGGUGUAAAGAAUGUAAACGAGGCUCAGCUGAGGAGCAUCGCCUCAGAUCCUGAUGAAAUUCACAUGUUCAGUGUCAUCGACUUCUCGUUCCUCCUGGACAUCGUUGCCAACCUCACCAUCAACCUCUGUAACAGUGCCAACAGCUUAGGUAGGCAAAGAGUCUGUUAUCAUCAAACAGUGAUACAUGUUAACACCACACUGAUCUGCUGGUGUCAGAAUUAAUCUUUAGAUAUCAAGUUUUAAAAGCUGUUAAACAUUUUGGAUUCUUACAGUUAGAUAUAAAGUUAUCUUACUGCUGGUUAGUUCUUUAUUUUAAUCUAUCAGAAUAUUGUCAGACUCAGGUAUGAUAACAGAGAAAAGAUCAGAAAAUUCAUCUAUAAAACCAACAAUGUAUAUUUAUUAUGAAGCUUUAUUUAUUCAGGAAUCUCAUUGAGAUUAUGGGGGUGAAAUCCAGUGUUUUUAUAAAGCCUUUAGAAAGCCAGCCAGGGAGAACUUGUUGACACGUAUUCACAUAGUUGUUAAUAAUCCACAACUCCACAGAAGGGCAGAGAUCCGUUCAUUCAUCUUUUGACCAUCCAAAAGAAAUCCGACUGAGCUUCUCUCAAAUGGAGAACUUGGUAAUAUCCAACCUGUUGUUCUGUUACAUUAACACAGUUCAUACGUUUACACAGUCAAAAACCUGAUUAGUUCAACUCUUAACUUUCUUCUGACUUUCUUCUAACGUAAGUGUCGUUUCUUAAAGCAAGCGUGAACUUUGUAACCUUCUGCCCAUGUGCAGUAACCACGUCUCAAUAUGAGCUCACUAUUCAAACAAAUUACUCAUUUCAAUAAACAAACAUAAUUCAUGUGGUAAUAAAUAUAUUCUCUUCCUUGCAAUAACAUGAAAUAUAACAAAACUCAAUUCUACUUACAGUCAAUUAUGGCUCUUACAGACAUCUGAGUCUGUUUUGCAAGAGAGACCUGAGACACUGCAGCCCUCUAGCGGUCAUCGGCAGGGGGCGGGUCGUUCAAGCAGCGCUGCAGACAUCACGUUCAGUUGUGGCACAUAUCAUGUUUGUAGUAGAGCUAUAGGAUGAUCAUGUUUUCAUGUUUCCACUUUAUAUUAUUUAGGAAGAAAAAU